AUGGAUUCGUGGCAGGGUGACCCAGAACUCCCGGAUCCGGAUCGAAACUCCCGAAUCCGGACCGAAACUCCGGAUGCCUCGUCGAAGGGAGCCGCCUCGAGCCUGGCGGACGAAUUACUGGAGACGAUGAAAGAGAAGCGGUCGCUCGGCCGACACAUGCUGCAUCUGCUGUUGAAGCGAGACACGCAGUCGCUUCUCAUGGGGUAUGGCGUCGGGGAGCCGUACUACGCCCUCGGCUUCUUGCGGCAGCGAUGCCAGAUGCUGAAGCAUCUGGACUUGUCGUAUCAGAGUCAUUUGACCCCCAAGAUCUUCGUCGACACGCUCAAAUGCCUGCCUCGAUUGCAGAUCCUCAAUUUGCAGCAUACUCCGUCCGGAGAUCAGUCUCUGCACAAUAGCCACAUCAUAACCAAACAUUCAUCCGUCCGAUCUCAUUCAGAGGAGACUGUGCAGGUAAUGGAGGUGAUCGGGGAGUACUGCCCCCACAUCAGGGACCUGAACAUGACCAGCACGGCCAUCUCGGACAGGGGCGUGUGGAAGCUGUGCGAGAGCUCAACGGGGGAGCCCCGCUCCCAGGAUCUCGUCAGGUUCAAGGUCACCGAGACAAGGGUCACGGCCGAGGGCAUCGCGUUCCUGCUUCUUCAGUGCCCCGCCCUCGUCGACGUCGACUUCCCCGACAUGAUCCAGGUCAGGCGAACGCCCACGCGUUUGGGGAAUUUUCGCUUGUAA